UGCCAAUAACCUUUUGCUCCUAUUACUAGUGAUGUUGUGCAAGGGCAGGCACGCGCUUCGAAUUCCCGCCCCUCGCCUGCAUUUGUCUGUUACAAGAUUCCGGUUACACACGACUUACAUGCCUACCAACGAAGCUGACACCCUCAAAAACAGCCUAAUACCUUUUUUGAAGUCGUCAACAGCACCAACUCCAUGACCACGACUCACCGAGCUCCAUUGACUCCCACCAGGUAGCCGUCAACUUUGCAGCAAAGCGCCUACCAAAAACACCAAAGGAGAAGGAAAAAAUGGUAGAACCCACAGUCGCCGCCCGGCGCCCGCCAAAAUCCAUCUACGAACGCAUCUUCCACACCCUACCGCCCUACACGGGACCAUACGCAGUAGGCUUCCUCGAGAUCGAGCUACCGGCCCGCGAACCACGGCCCUUCUCACCGCACAUCAAGCGCAACGGCGAGUACGCGCUCAAGCUCGACACCGUCCUCUUCUCGAUCUACUACCCGGCCGACGUCCUCGACGACAACAACAAUAACAACAAUAAUAAUACCAAUGACACCAGCAACGGUAGCGGAGAGACCAAAAACGCAAACCCCCGAACGGGCGGGCCACAGCCACCGCUGCACCGCGUCCCCUGGCUGCCCCGGCCGCGGACGUCGACGUGCAAGGGCUACGCCAAGUUCUUCAACGUGCCCCACCUGCCCGUGACGGCGUACAUGGCGCUGACAAGCAUGUUCACCGCGCUGCCGGCGUACCGGAACGCGCGGCUGUCUCGGCGGUGGCCUGCCGAGUGCUGUUGUGAGGAACAGCAGCAUGCUAGUCGUAGAGGUUACACUAGUAGCGUAGACACGCUCGUCGAUGGGCAGUGGAAGCAGCAGCAGCAGCAGCAGCAGGAGGAGGAGGAGGAGGAAGAAGAAGAAGGGGAACCAAAGCCAAACGAGAGGGAUGUGAGUGAGGAGGACAAGCCGCAGUUCCCCGUGGUCAUCUUUAGCCAUGGCCUAGGCGGGUCACGGACGAUGUACAGUUCGAUCUGCGGGGAGUUGGCCAGCUUUGGGUUGGUUGUGGUGGCGAUGGAGCACCGCGACGGCAGCGGCGCGAGGACAUUCGUCAACAAGAGCGGGACGCACGGGGACUUGGAGAGCCAGGGCUUGGAUCACACCGACGACGCGCCCGAGAACGAGAAGAACGCGCCCAAGCGGCGGAGACGGGGGGAGACAAAGCCAUACUACAAGAUCGACUACCUUGUUCCCAAGGACAACGCCCAAGAUACACGUCCUCAAAACCCGAACGGGGUGGACAAGGAGCUUCGUGGGGCGCAGAUCGAGAUGAGGCUGGCGGAGAUGGAGGAAGCAUUCCACGUACUAGGCCUCAUAAACAGUGGAAACGGGGAGGAGGUGUACAGGAAGAAUCUUCGGAAACGAAACAACAUUGGCUCCAGCUCGGUCGGGUUAGAUGGCAUCGACUGGCAAGACUGGGUAGGACGGCUCGACGUGGAGAACGUCACUUUGAUGGGCCAUUCUUUUGGCGGAGCCACGACAGUCCAGGCAUUGAGAUCGGAGAAACUCAAAUGGAUUACGCAGGGAAUUCUGCUCGAUCCAUGGGGCCCCGCAACUCCGGAAUGUACCGAGCAGCAAUCGGUUCACAAGCCGGUGUUGUCCAUUGGAAGCGAGGCGUUCAUGCACUGGCAGAAGAACUUCGACUGCGUCAGGCAGGUAUGCCGCGAGGCCCGGGACGCAGGGACGCUGGCGUGGAUGACGACGAUCAGAGGGUCGACUCACCUGUCGCAGACCGACUUUGCGGUCCUUUAUCCAAAUUGGAUGUCCUUCUUCAUGAAGACGAUCGUGGACCCCGAGCGAGCCAUAUACCUCACGGUCCACACGGCACUUGAGUUCCUGAAAAUCACGCUCCCGGCGAGCCGAGCCAGGUUUGCCAAGGCAUGGGGCGACGAACGGCUGCUCCUCGACAGCCCCGACAGCGAAACCAAAGUUGUGUCGGACUACCGGCCGGACGACAAAUGGCUUGCCGCCCGGCUAAAGAUCCCCAACGAAUUUUCGGUGCGCCUUCGAAGCAUGCUGAGGUGGAGAGGCCCGUUGGGUAGGGUACUGGAAGACCUGGUGUACCAGGACACAGAAAGCGAGGUAUGGUGUCAUGAAUCGCCUGGCCGGGAUUCUGUAGAACGAUAUAUGAGGCGGCUCGGGCGGUUGUCUGCGUCGAGUAGUCCGCAGGGUGCCAUCAAUCCGACGGGUUCCUGACUUUGUCUGGCCAUGCCAACCUGCCUAAUACCAACUUGGACGACCGUGAGGAGUAAGCGCGGCGUAGGCUGCUCUUGCGACAUCGGACUGUGGGUGGGUGCUUCAUUGUACCCUCGAUAUUCUGUACUGUACCCUACUGUAGAAUUUAGCAAGCGGUUCUUGUAUUGCUGUACGUAUGCGACA